AUGGAUCUACGUUCUUGGGUUUCCGACAGCGUGAUGAAAUUACUUGGGAUGUCUGAAAAGAUCUUUAUAGAUUACAUUAUUGCUGAAGCACGAUCUUGCAAAACUCGAGAAUCCUUACGAGAAAAGUUAGAAGAGUUACCACAAACAAUAGAAGCUCAACGUUUUAUUGACGAACUAUUUGUUCGAGUACCAAGAAAUAAGUCUCAAAAGGAUGAGGCUUAUUUGAAAAGGAAAAGGGAAGAACAGGAAGCUAAAGAAACUUUAGCUAAAUCAAAAUCGUACAAGUUGAUCCUUGAUGAUUUUAGUUUUGAAGAACCAUCUUCAAAGAAAUCUAAAAAAUCUAAAAAAGACAAAAAUUUACGUAAAAAAGAAAAAUCUAAUUCAUGGGAAAGUGAUUCGGAUGAUAAGAAAUCUAAAAGUUCGUCGUCAAAGAAAAGGUCAAAAUAUUCUGAAUCAGAUGAUGAAUAUGAAAAAGAAGAGAAAGAAAAAAUUAAAGAUUUAAAAGAAAGGGAUGAAUUCGCUAAAAGAUUAAGACAAAAAGAUAAAGAAAAAACCAAAAAACUUGUUGAAGACAGGUCUUCUAAGGCAGAAAGUGAUGCUGCUAAAAGGCGUAAUCUUGCCGAUGAUGCUGAAGCUCGUAGGAAGGUUCUACCAGACAUUCGUGAGCGUUCUCGUCAAGAAUACUUAAGAGAUCGUACUGAUAAACAAAUGAAAAUGUUAGAAUUGGGAAUUCUUGAUGAAGAUAUGUUAUUCAAAGGUGAAAAGCUAACCAAAAAAGAGAUAAGGGAGCUUGAAUUAAAAAAAGAAACCCUCAGGUUAACAAAAGAAAGAUUAAGUCUUUCUGGAAAGACUGACGAUUAUGCUAUGCCCGAAGAUUAUAUUACUGAGAAAGGAAAAAUAGACAAGAAAAAAAAGGAGACGGUUUUAUAUCAACGUUAUGAAGAGGAUCGUGACCAGAACAAGUUUGUCACAGAUCAAGACCAAUGGGAACAAAAUCAAAUCGUAAAAUCACAAUUAAAAGUGGGAGCGCAGGAUAGAUUUAAACAAGAAGAACAAUAUGAUUAUGUUUUCGAUGAUCAGUCCAUAGAAUUCUUAAAUUGGGAUUGGAAAACUAAUAAUGAAGAUGAAAUAAUAGCCAAAAUUGACGAGGCUGAAAAGAAAGCAAAAACUAUUGAAGAAACUCGUAAAUCUUUGCCGAUUUACGCUUUUCGUAAUGAUUUACUUAGUGCUAUAGAAGAAUAUCAAGUAUUAGUUAUCGUAGGAGAGACAGGUUCCGGUAAAACCACUCAGCUACCACAAUAUUUACAUGAAGCUGGUUAUACCAAGGGAGAUAAAAAAGUAGGUUGUACUCAACCUAGAAGAGUUGCUGCUAUGAGUGUGGCUGCUCGUGUAGCUGAGGAAAUGGGUGUUAAACUUGGAUAUGAGGUUGGUUAUUCAAUCCGAUUUGAGGAUUGCACAUCAGACAAGACUAUAAUUAAAUACAUGACUGAUGGUAUGUUGCUUCGUGAAUUCUUGACUGAACCUUUGUUAGACGGUUAUAAUUGUCUUAUUAUAGAUGAGGCUCACGAGAGAACUUUACAUACUGAUGUUCUCUUUGGAUUGGUUAAGGAUAUUGCUCGUAGCAGACCUGAUCUUAAACUUUUAAUUUCAAGUGCUACACUAGAUGCUCAAAAAUUCGCGGAUUAUUUUGAUGGAGCUCCGAUCUUUUCUAUUCCAGGAAAACCUUACCCAGUCCAGGUUUGCUAUACAAAAGCCCCUGAAGCAAACUAUAUUGGUGCUGCAGUGACAACCGUGAUGCAACUACAUAUUACUCAACAGAAAGGUGACAUCUUAGUCUUCUUAACAGGUCAAGAAGAAAUCGAAACUGUACAAGAAAGUUUACAGCAAGCUUGUAGGGCCUUAGGUAGCAAAAUAAGGGAACUUAUAAUUUGUCCAAUUUAUGCUAACCUUCCUCCAGACAUGCAAGGAAAGAUAUUUGAACCAACGCCACCUGGUGCUCGGAAGGUGAUAUUAGCCACAAAUAUCGCAGAGACAUCUAUAACUAUUGACGGGGUCUCUUUUGUUAUUGAUCCAGGAUUUGUUAAACAAAACUUUUAUAGUGCAAAAACACGCAUGGAAUCAUUAGAAGUUGUUACUUGCUCAAGAGCUUCAGCAACACAACGUGCAGGAAGAGCUGGUCGUGUUGGACCGGGGCAUUGUUUUAGAUUGUACACAAAACAUGCAUACGGAAAUGAAAUGGAAGAGAAUAAUGUACCUGAGAUCAAGAGAACUAACUUGGGCCACGUUGUGUUAUUGUUAAAAAGUAUUGGUAUUCGUGAUGUGAUGAGUUUCGAAUUUAUGGAUCCUCCCCAUGAACAAGCGCUUAUUUCAGCCCUUAAGGAUCUAUCUGAUCUUGGCGCUUUAAAUAACGAAGGAGAAUUAACCAAACUCGGAAGACGUAUGGCUGAAUACCCUUUAGAUCCUGUCUUGUCCAAAACUAUAAUAACCUCCGAAAAAUAUCAUUGUUCAGAAGAGGUUAUAUCUAUUAUCAGCAUGCUUAACGUUCAAAGUUCAGUUUUUUAUCGACCAAAAGAUAAAAAAUUUCAUGCCGAUAAAGCACGUCAAAACUUUACUAAAUCGGGUGGAGAUCAUUUCACGUUAUUAAAUGUAUGGGAACAAUGGGUAGAUACAAAUUAUUCAUUAAGCUGGUGUCACGAGAACUUCAUUGUAUAUCGAUCAAUGACACGAGCACGAGAUGUCAGGGACCAACUUGUUGGAUUGUGUGAACGUACCGAGGUUAAAUUGGAAUCGAAUCCAAAUCCUGCUGAUAUAGUACCAAUACAAAAAUCUUUUGUUGCAGGAUUUUUUAUGAAUACAGCAAAACUAUUACCAUUUGGUGAUUCUUAUCAAAAGAUUAAAUUUGGAGAAGCUGGAAGAAGGAUACAUAUUCAUCCAAGCAGUUCACUAUUUCAAACACCACCAAAAUGGGUACUUUAUUAUGAAUUAGUUGCCACUCAAAAAGAUUAUAUGAGACAAGUUAUGGAAAUUCAACCUCAAUGGCUAACGGAAGCCGCACCCGCUUGUUAUACAAAAGCUGAAUUAGAUAAAUUAGAUUCAAAAAAGAAAAUGCCAAAAAAUCAUCAAGUUACAGGUUCACCAUCUUUAAGUGUCAUUUAG